UCUGGCAGGAGGGAGGAGGAGUUCUCUCUCCAAAUGCAGUGGAAGCGCUAAGCCCGGUGGAAACGGAGCAGGCUAACGUGGGGUUAAAAUGCAGGGCACAAGUAGGGAGGAGUUAGACAUGACAGGGAAAGCUCAGGCAAAGGGGGAACUGGAGAGAACAACAGCCGGUUUGAUCAGCCUGCAGCUUUCUCCCUGCACACAGACAGCGGGGGCUUGCCGGCGCCGCUGAACAAAACCCCAGCACUUGCCGGAGCCCCGGGAGAAGCCCCUCUUUCCAGACAGCAGCAUUGCCGGCUCCAGGAGGUCGCUCUGGUUUUACGAGACAGUUUGUGCUUCUGGGCCCUGGGACCUGAUCCCCCACCCGGCUCACGUGGUGUCAAAAACGAGACACUGAGGUAGGAAGCCAGAGGCUGGAUGCUUCCUGCUAGGGGCAUGAAUGAGACAGAAAGGCCUGGGGUCUGGGCUCAUCCCCUGCUGGGAUAAGGACACCCCCGGGGAGCAGCCAUGGCUGCAGGGCCAGGGGCAGAGGGGGCCCUGGACCUGCAGUUUCAAAUCCAGGUGGAGCAGUCGGUGUGCCCCGCUGGGCUGACGGAGCCGCAGGUCUCAGCUGGGCCCAAGCCAGAUGCGGGAUUGGAGCGGUCGGGCAGGCUGCCUAUUGUGGUGCAGUCCGGCACCAUUGGGGAGCUGCUGAGAUGGGUGGCGCCACAGCAGGCCCAGUAUGCGUCGCAGAAGGAGAUGCUGCAGCACUGGGAGGACGUCUGGCAGGAGGUGCUGCAGGCCCUGCGCAUCCUCCCAGAGGUGGGGCCGGCUCCGGCCUGCGCCUUCAGGCCUGGAGAACCAGAGCUGUCGCCUCCUCCUGGAGUUGUGCCAGCACCGACUUGUGCACGUAGGUGUGAAAACCCCACCUCCCAGGGGGACAGUGAGUCACCCAGGGGUCUGGAGCAGGCUGGGAUCGAGCUGCCGGAGGAGACGGCACCGUGUCGAGAGGAGCAGCUGUCAGCCACGCAGACCCCUGCCGAGGUUAAGCCAACUCCAGCACCUGCAUGGAGAACCCUGGAGCUGCCACUGCUGGCCCCAGAGGACGAUAUCGAGGCCUAUCUGGCCACCUUUGAGCAGGUGGCUGACGCCUGCCAGUGGCCGAGAGGGGAAUGGACAACCCGACUGGAGCUGUACCUCACCGGGAAAGCCCAGUUGGCCUAUGGCAGCCUAGACAUCACAGAUACAAGUGACUAUGGGAAGGUGAAGGCCACCAUCCUGCGUCGCUAUGGCAUCAGCCCAGAGACACAGCGCAGGCGCUUCAGGGAAUUCUGCUACCAGGAGGCCGAGGGGCCCCGGGAGGCUUACAGCCGCCUCCGGGAGCUCUGCCAUCGCUGGCUGGAGCCGCAGAGCCGCACCAAGGAGCAGAUCCUGGAGCUGCUGAUCCUGGAGCAGUUCCUGACCAUCCUGCCGGAGGAAAUGCAGGGCUGGGUCUGGGAAUGUGGUCCUGAUACCGGCGCCCAAGCGGUGGCCCUGGCAGAGGGGUUCCAGGUGGGGCAGCCAGAGGCCCAGUGGCCGGGGCUACAGAUGCCGGUGCAGUUCAAGGACGUGGCUGUGACUCUGACUGAGGCAGAGUGGUUGCUGUUGGAUGAGGAGCAGAGGCAGCUGUAUGGGACUGUCAUGCAGGAGAAUUACUGGAGCAUUAGCUCACUGGGUUUUCCGGUUCGCAAACCCGCCCUGAUCUCUCAGCUGGAGCGAGGGGAGGAGCCGUGCAUCCCAGAUCCCCCAGCCCCUGAGGAGCAGGAGACCCAGAGGGAUGUCCCAACAGACACUGAGGAGCUGGCUGUGCUGCACCGCGGGGAGGCGGAGGCACCUGUCAAAGCAGCUCCAACGCCCAAGGCCUCACCAAGUCGACCCAAGAGGAAAGCGGCCCAGAGCCCAGGCCGGAAGAGAAAGAAACCCUCUCUGGAUGGAGGAGAGCCAGCAGCCCCCUCUGAGGGUGGGAAACAGCAGCUCCCCACCUGUCCCAUGUACAUGCAACAGCCGCUUCCUUCUGUGCGCAUGCAAAAGCAUUUCCUUCCUGUACGCAGGAAACAGCCACGGCCUGUUGUGCACAGGGAACAUCCUGUCCCUUCUGUGUGCCGGGAACAGCCGCCCCCUCCCCUGCGCAGGGAACAGCCGCCCCCUCCCCUGAGCAGAGAACAGCCGUCCCCUCCUGUGUGCUGGGAGCAGCCGCCCCCUCCCCUGAGCAGAGAACAGCUGACCCCUCCCCUGAGCAGGGAACAGCCGUCCCCUCCUGUGUGCUGGGAGCAGCUGCCCCCUCCCCUGAGCAGAGAACAGCCGUCCCCUCGUGUGUGCUGGGAACGGCCGCCCUCACCCUUGCGCAGGGACCAGCCGCCCUCCACUCCUGGCAGGGAACAUCCAUCCCCUCCUAUGCACAAGGAACAGCCACUCUCUCCUCUGUGCAUGGAACAGCUGCUUCCCGCCCUGCCCAGGACACAGCCACACCCCACUCUCCGCCAGGCACAGCAGCCCCCUCUGUUGUCGCCCGUCAAUUCCUGCUGCAAGAACCUGAUCAUGGGAGGCUCCCCCACUAGCAAUAGCCUGCCCCAGUCUAAGAGGUGCAACCAUUGCCCUGAGUGUGGCCGGGGCUUCAGACAGAGCUCAGACCUGCAGCGGCACCGGCGCAUCCACACGGGAGAGAAGCCUUUCCACUGCCCGGUGUGCGAGAAGAGCUUCCGGCUGCAGUCCAACCUGAUUGUGCACCACCGUACGCACACUGGGGAGCGGCCCUACCAGUGCGGGGAGUGCGGCCGCGCCUUCUCGCAGAGUUCCACCCUCCGGACCCACAGUAAGAUCCACUUGGGCCAGAAACCCUAUGUUUGCUCUGUGUGCGGCAAGAGCUUCCACCACAACUCAAAUCUUGUCCUCCACCAACGCACCCACACCGGCGAGCGGCCCUACGAGUGCAGCGUCUGCGCCAAGCGCUUCAGUGACCGCUCCACUCUGGCUCAGCACCGACGCGUCCACACGGGCGAGCGCCCCUACACCUGCUCCGAGUGUGGCAAGUGCUUCAGCCAGGCCUCACACUUGGUCAAACACCGACGCACCCAUGCGGGCCCCUGCACUGUGCUGGCCAGGGACACAGCUGUCCCCCAAAACAGGCCUGGCACAGGGGAGAAGAGAGACACUCCUAGGCACAGACCAGACAGUGGGGUGGAAAGAGCCACCCCCAGAGACAGGCCAGCCGAGGACAGAGCUCCUCCCAGACAUGGGCCGGGAAUGGGGGAUGAGAGAGCCACUCCCCAAAAUGGCCCUGGCACAAGAGAGGAGAGAGACACCCCCAGACAUGGGCUGGGCACAGGGGAGGAAAGACAGCAUGGAAAGAUGUGCUGUCUCUGAAGAUGUUUUGGCAGGGAGAAGGAGAGAGAGGCCUCAAAAGACACAUCAGCCACAAGGAAGGACGCAGCUACCACCAAUCACACACCGGGCAUA